GAGGCAGCCAAACCUCACAGGAGACCAAACAGCACAGCCAAAACCAUCUUUAUUAACUGAGUUUAUGAGUGAUUUUGUCCUUCAUAAAAAGAAGUAUUUUCUAACAUGCUGUGAAGCAAUACAAGUGAGCGCAUAUAGCUAAAUACAAUAUUUUGCUGAUCCUAGUGCAGUUAAAGUGUUGAUUUUUGUUUUGCUUGGUUUGUUGAGCCUGGAGAACACUGAGGGGAGCCUUCACUGCAUUCUGCAGCUUCCUCAUGAGGGGCGUUGGAGGGGCAGGGGCUGUUCCCUCCUCUCUGGUGACCAGGGAACCCGAGGGAACAACACGAACGCAUAUCAGAGGGUUUAGGGUGGGUGUUAGGAAAAGGUUCUUCACCCAGAGGGUGUUUGGGCAUUAGCACAGCCUGCCCAGGCAAGUGCAGCCCCAUCCCCGCCGGGAUUUGCCGGUGUGAAGAUGCGGCACUGGGGACACGCGGUGGCUCCGGCAGCGCUGGGUUAACCUUGGACCCGAUGAGCUCCGAGGGCUUUUCUCAACCCAGCGAUUACAGGGGUUUUAUGGAACAUCAUCCCCGGAGAGCUGCGCCCGUAGCACCGGGAUCGCUGCAGCGCCAGCGCCGAGGGGUCCCGGGAACCCUCGCGCUGUCCCGGGCGGAGAAAGCGGAGCCGGGUCCGUUCCGUUCCGGGCGGAGCCGGGUCAGUCCCGUUCCGGGCGGAGCCGGGUCAGUCCCGUUCCGGGCGGAGCCGGGUCAGUCCCGUUCGGGCGAAGCCCAGCCAGUCUCAUCCCGGGUAGAGCAGAGCCAGUCCCAUCCCGGGCGGAGUGGAGCCGAUGCCGUUCCCGGUGGAACUGAGCCGGUCCCGUUCUGGGCAGAGCGGAGCCGGGUCUGUCUCAUCCCGGGCGAAGCCGGGUCAGUCCCGUUCCGGGAGGAGACGGAUCAAUCCCGUUCUGGGCGGAGCCGAGCCAGUCCCGUUCCAGGCAGAGCCCAGCCGGUCUCAUCCCGGGCGGAGCCGAGCCGGUCCCGUUCCGGGCGGAGCCGCGUCAGUCCCGUUCCAGGCGGAGCCCAGCCGGUCUCAUCCCGGGCGGAGCCGAGCCAGCCACAUCCCGGGCGGAGCCGAGCCUGUCCCGUUCCGGGCGGAUCCGUGUCAGUGCCAUCCCGGGCGGAGCCGAGCCGGUCCCGUUCCGGCGGAGCCCCCGCCCCUCCAUGGCCGCCAUGGCCGCUCCGCCGCCCGCCGAGCCCCCGGCGCCCCCCGGCCGGCGCUGCCCGGCGCUGCUCGGCGUGGAGCCGCUGCUCUUCCUCGCUACCGUGUCGCUGGGGCUGCAGGGCCCGCUGGCCACCCAGUACCUGUGGGACCGGCUGGGAGCCGAGCACGGCUACAUUGACCGCAACAGCACCGAGUCCCCCGGCUGCGGGGACGGCAACGCGACCGCCGACCCCCUGCGGCAGAAGGUGGAAGCCCUGGUGUCCCACUGGAACCUCUACAUCAACCUGGGAGGCUUCUUCGUCAGCCUGUUCUCCGUGACCCUCUUUGGCCCGUGGAGUGACAGCGUGGGCCGGCGCCCGGCGCUCAUCCUGCCGGCCGCGGGCAUGGCCCUGCAGACGGCCGUCUACCUGCUGGUCAUGUACCUGGAGCUGCACGUCGCCUUCUUCCUCCUGGGACGCAUCCUGAGCAGCCUCACGGGCGACUACAGCCUGAUCCUGGCCAGCUGCUUCUCCUACGUGGCCGACACCAGCCAGCGGCGCGUGCGGACGUUCCGGGUGGCCGUGCUGGAGGCGUGCCUGGGCUUUGCGGGCAUGCUGGCCAGCAUCGGCGGUGGCCAGUGGCGUAAGGCCCAGGGCUACAUCAACCCCUUCUGGCUGGCCUUCGCUGCCAGCCUCGCUGCCACUCUCUACGCCGCCUUCUUCCUGCGGGAGUCGGUGAAGCAGAAGAAGGAGACCAAGCUGUUCACGCUCAGCCACUACCGGGCUGUGUACAGGCUGUACACGGCCCCCGAGCAGCCCAGCUCCAGGUGGAAGCUGGCUCUGUACUCCCUGGCUUUCUUUGUGAUUGUCACGGUGCAUUUCGGAGCCAAGGACCUCUAUGUUGUGUACGAGCUCGGCUUCCCUCUCUGCUGGACUUCUGACCUCAUCGGGUACGGCUCGGCCGCCAGCUACCUGGCUUACCUGAGCAGCCUGGCAGGGCUGAGGCUGCUGCAGCUCUGCCUUGAGGACACCUGGGUGGCAGAGAUAGGAUUGAUCUCCAACAUUGCUGGGUUGGUGGUGAUGUCUCUUGCUACCACAACGCCACUGAUGUUUACAGGUUAUGGAAUUUUGUUCCUUUCCAUGGCACCCACUCCGGUCAUCAGAUCCAAGCUCUCCAAGCUGGUCAGUGAGACAGAACAGGGUGCUCUCUUUGCUUCUGUUGCCUGUGUGCAAGGGCUGUGUUCACUCGUGUCUACAGGAGUGUUCAACUCUCUCUACCCUGCCACCUUGCACUUCAUGAGGGGAUUCCCAUUUCUCUUUGGGGCUGUAAUCCUCCUUAUUCCAGCAGCUAUCCUUGGGUGGAUACAAAUCUGGGAUUCAAAACACAACUACAACCACUUCCAAGAUGCUUCCCUGUCCCCUGCAAAAGACUGAAUUUCACAACAAGGAACUGGCCAGCACAGCAGUGUCCACCUGAAGAUUGCACUUUAUUCUUCCCUCGAAGAGAUCAGUCUGGGAGGGACACCCUCCUUGUCCUUCCUAAUUUUUAAAUGCCAAAUAAUUGGAAAUCACAGGAAGAACUUGAUUUGUAGCUGUGAAUGCCCCCUCAAUGUUGUGUUGGCUCAUCUGUCAGAGAAAACCCAAGAGACCCAAAAGCCCAUCAAGCUCUUGUGGGCCUUUUGCAAGGCUGGUUCGUGGUUUGGUGGGGCCAGAGGGCUCUGCCAUGCUUUUAGUGAGGAGAGAGGACUGAGUUCUGGUUUAAUUGCAAAACAUUUUCCCCUCAGAGUAUUCCAGUGUGCAGCUGAUGAGCUGCUGGUGUGGGUGAGGCACAGGCUGAAGGGAGGAAGAUCUGUGCUCCAGAUCAUCACUUUGCCAGUAAAAACCCAACAAAUGUGACGUGCCAGACCACGGAAAUCCUUAUGGAGAGGGGGGGUUUAGCACAGGAGUGCUAUUGCUCUCCUUACUGACUGCACCAGCUUUAGUUUUUGCAAGUCAGAGGUGCCCUAAGGAGACGAUCUCAUUCCUGAAGUGUUGGUAGGAGUUCCAGUGGUAUGUCCUGCCUGUCUGCAGCUCAGCCCAGGAUCCCAGAGGUGGUUUUGAGAAGUGAGAGAUCAUCUGAGAAUACUGCAGUGCCAGUAGAAUAAAUCCUGGGUUGGGAGGGACCCACGAGGAUCCUUGAAGCAAUUCCUGCAGAUGCCUUAAUUGUCAGGUGCUAAAAACUAUGAAAUUAAGGAGAAAAUUGUCAGAAUUGUUUCCCCCCUUAUACUGCAAAGCUGAGCCCCAGUUUGAUAGGUGUGCCCCAGUCAUGUGAAAUCACUGCUGUGCUUAUCCAGAGGCCUUCUGGUGUGGGGACAGGACUAAUGUCUUUAAGAUUAAUCUUUUUUUUGUUGUAUGUGGCAUAAUCUAGUGUUAAUGACCUCAGUUCUGCUGCCUGGCCUGGGAUCUGUUGAUGCCAGCAAGCAAACUCCAUGUCCAUGGUGCUAAUAAUUAUAAAGCAUUACCUGUGUUGCUGCAAUCCUUUUUUUUUUUUUUUUCUCAACGUGCCAUAAACCAGCACACACUGUUCAGGUACAUGCAGUAAUGACUUUAGUGUUACUUUCAGAAUGAAUAAAACCUCCAUGCUCUUUUAUGGUUCAUAAAACUCUGGAUAUCUUGUGCA